CUUCAACUUCACAAGUAUUUGCUGUUGAUUGUCCGAUCAAUCUUAUCUCUAUUUGAUCUUUAUGGCGCUGGAGCAACAUUAAUACUAACCUGACCGCUUUCCUACACCAUCAUCUAGCAAACAGUUUGACCCCUUUGGCUUGCCGAAUACUCUGAGUCUUACCGCGAAGAGUCUACAAGCGUACUUGACCUCGAUGAGUGAAGCGUUCGAGGACGACUUUGAGAUCACUGACGAUGUCGACGACCCCGAGAUCAUCGCGCUGACUGAGUUGGGGACGACUCUCAUCCAGGCUAUCCUGGAGAAAGAACCUAUGUCAAACGUGCAAGAUUUAAUAGAUGCAGGAGCACCCCUGUGGUAUCAAGACGAGGAAGGUACUUCAGCUCUGCAUGCUGCUGUCUACGUCGAAAACGAGCGGCUUGUGAGGUUACUCAUCGAGGAAGGCGCCGUCUGGAACACAGUCGACAACUUGCAGAAUACUGCGGGUGACGUUGCCUUGUCCCUCAACAAUGUGGUGUGUUACAACUUAAUCCGCGAUGCAGGCAUCCGAUCAGAGUUGCUUUUGACCUUACUCUCGUCGCAGACAUCUCUCAAUCCCACCCCGUCAACACUUGUACUUCAAGAUGUGGAUGACUCCGCAGCUGGGUCGACAGAUGCCUUUUUGUCGUCUAAGUUGCGCUACACUCAAGAUGCCCAUGGCCAGGAUAUUUGCCUGCUUGAACUUGAUGAUGGCCAAGAAGUAGGCGUUAUGAUGGGAUGGGAACGGGAGAUCAUGCAGAAAACUGUGGAGAAAUUGUGCCUCGAUCACGCAAAGCGGGACCGAGGGUUGAAAGUCCUCAACGUCGGGUUUGGUCUUGGUAUCAUCGAUAAUUUCUUCCAAAACCUCAGCACACCCCCCGCAUUGCAUGUGAUUGUAGAACCUCACCGUGACGUUCUCGCUCACAUGAAAGAACAAGGGUGGUACGACAAGAAGGGGGUGAGCAUAUUGGAGGGCAAGUGGCAAGACUGCAUUGCCAGCGAAGCCCUCCAAGGAUUUGGGAAGUUUGAUGUUGUCUACACGGAUACCUUCUCAGAGAACUAUAGCGAACUUCAUAAAUUCUUCAAACAUCUACGGGAGCUUCUGGCGAGUCCUGAAUCGAGGUUCAGCUUCUUCAAUGGUCUAGGCGCAACGAAUGCGCUCUUUUAUGACGUGUAUACUCGGUUGUCGGAACUGCACCUUUCCGAUGCCGGAGUAGAUGUUGUCUGGAGUGACGUGGACGUGAGCUCUCAAAAAGAUGAAGAGAGAUGGGGGGGAACGCGGAAGUACUUCUCUUUGCCAAUUUACCGUUUACCGAUAGCGCGGCUGAAGGAAAUUUAAAACAAUAAAUUCUUUUAUCGCAGUCAAAGGUAGUCAAUCCAAGAUAAUGAUCAUUUGACAAAACCAGGAUGUUACAGAC